AUCGCGAGUAAACCAUCAAGAGUGCAACGAUAAAAUGUAAAUAACUGUGCAAGAAAAUAUGAUUUAAUUACUGCGAAUCGCGAGAAAAAUAGAAGAUGAGAGCAUCGGUGGUGCUGAUUUUCGCGAUACAAGUUUCUGUCGUUUUUGCAAAGCUGACUGUUUUAAGAGGAAAGGAGGUUACAAGAAGAUACACUCAGAGCAACAGAAAAUUGUUGUGUCUAUCGGAAGACGAUGGCGCAGGUUUGAUAUGGAACAGCAAUUUAAACUGGUCGUACAGCUAUUAUGAAUUUUCAGACAGGGGUGGGAAUACAGACUUUCAGCUAUUAAACGAGUAUCGGAAAGGAGAGAUAGACUGCGAUUUUAAUUCCCACGAUGAUUGCAUGUCGGCAUGGCGUAGUGACUGGAGUUUGACAAAUUCCAAACGAACACCCAUGGGGCCUGCGUUUGAUCGUCGAUGGGAAGGCUUUAGAGAGCACAAUAAUUUCGGCACAUUGAACCAAUACCGACUAGUUGAUAAAUUAGAACGAUCAGGAGCUUUCGUGAUGUCGAUUCGUGGAUCCAUGGAUGCCUAUAUGCUCUUGUGCGACGACGAGGAUUACGAAACUAAUUUUUGUUAUUGGAUUAUCAUCGGUGGCUGGAACAACACUAGAUCUGUGAUACGAAAGUGUGCCAAAGGUGUACCACCUCCGAUGACGUUUCCAAUCGAGCCUACCUGUGCUAAGAUCAGGAGUUCCUACUAUUCUGAAAUACUCUCCCCAACUGAGUGGAGAACGUUCAUCCUCGUAUGGAACGAGAACACCAGAAGCAUAUCACUUUACGAUGAUACAAAACUUCUAAUGAUGUAUACAGACAACGAAGAACAACGAAAUCGAACAGUAAUACAUCCCAAUUACAACAUCUUUCUAGCAAGUUCUAAGACGAUGCUUUUUCGCUUUCACAUAUACACUUUCCUGCACACAACUUCCCCAGCGGCAACAUUAAUCAGUCCUGAGAUGGACCUAACCAGCAGAAACAUUUGCAUACAAAUGAUGGUUGGUCUGUGCAAAAAAUGUCAGAUGGAAAUAGUGUUAAUUGAUUCGGAGAACGAAGAAAAGGGAGAAAGUUUAGAUACGAUAAAAGCAUCAGCAAGAAUCGCUGCUGAUGGGUCAACUUUGGAAUUGGCCAUGUGGCAAUACGUUCAGAUCAAGAGAACAAUAUCCUCGUACAUUGGGAAAAGAGGAAGAAUCAAAUUGAUCUCAGAUCUCGAACAAAGAGCUUCAAGUCCAUUGUGGGCCGUGGCAGACAUUCGCACGUGUCCCCCAGUAGGUACUUUGCGAUAUGGUAGGAUAGAAGCAACCCAAGAUUACGCGGACGGUGCAUAUUUCUGGCCAAACGUUACGUGUCAAAAAUUAUUUUACAAGGAAAACGUUGUCGUCAAUUCUGCACUCGACGCAAGAUUCGAUUCAGACUUCGAAGAUCCACAGUGUGUUGAUUAUAUGGUGGGACCUUACUGUUCCAUUAAUUGCUUUUAUCAAUUGGAACAAGAUACAGACUGCAGAGGAACAGUAAUUUGCGACCAAAAUGGUUGCACCUGUCCACCAGGUUUCGUGGGAAAGAAUUGCCGUUCUAGUUGUGAUGUUGGUCAAUAUGGUCACGGUUGUAAGCAAACUUGUGGCUGGUGUAAGGGAAACAAUUGUAAUUUCAAGACAGGACAUUGCAAAAGUGGUUGCAACAAUUCUAAAAGAUACAAUAUACCACCUUUUUGUAAAAUAGGUAUUGAUGUUCUUCCACCACCUGACAUUGAUUUUCUCAAUGAAACGGUAGUUCGCGCUAUCGUUCCAGUGAUGGAACAAUAUAAAUUGAUACCUACUACUUAUCGGUUUAUCGUACAGAAAGAGGGAGAGACCGAUACUCGCUUCAUUGGAGAUUAUACCGAAAUUGGUAACGAUACGAUACAAUUGAUUGGGUACACAGAUGAUUUAGAACCUGGUGUUUCUUAUCAAAUCUCCUGCAUAUUGUACACUAAUGAUCCGGUGUCUAUACCCGGAAAAUGGACAAAUUUCACAACUCGUUGCACAUCGACAAACGACUUUCAAGUAAAAACUACAAAUACUAGUUUAACGUUAAGAAAGGAUCAAAAGGCAGUUCCCAAUUCCUGCCCAGACAGAUGGUACGAUUUCAUUUUUCAAAAUGUUGAAACGCAAGUUCAAAUCAAUAAAGGGAGUCUAUUCAAACUGCCACACGAAUUUGGAAACUUGACACCAUAUACGCUUUAUAAAAUUACAAUCAGUAAAGGGAAAGCGGUUCUGUUUUCGCGAGAGAUUCAAACUCUCGAAGGAGUGCCAUCUCAAGUACGAAAUAUUAAAAAGUUGCUGUUCCCAAACGGAGAUGUAACUCUGAAAUGGGAUCCUCCGCGCAAUUUAAAUGGAAUGAUAACAAAAUACGAAGCUGUGUUCCAGAUACAAAGAUACAUUGGCUGCGAAAAUCGACAGGUCCAGCCUCGAAAAAACAAUACAAUUUCGACUUCAACAGCCUUUACUAGUAUCACAUUCUCAAAUUUAACGCCAUAUACACAUUACGUUGCAAAAAUUGCAGCCUGCACAUCCUACUGUGGCCUCGAAGAGAUCAUUGAAUUUUCCACCCCACAAACUGAAAUCCCAACCGAGAAGUUUACAAACUUGAGAGUCCAGAAUUACACGCUAAUGUGGGAUCCGCCAAAAGAUUGUACCACGAUUUCUGGACCUAUCAUUGCUAAAGCGAUCGUGAAAGGUGUCAGCAACGCGGUGCUGAACGUCAGCAUCGCCAAACAAACGACGAAGCACUUGAUCGAUUUAAAUGACGAACUUUAUGGCGCGGAAACGUACGAAGCAAGGAUUUACGCCAUUAGAGAUUACCACGAACAGCACGACGAAUCGCUUUACGAGAAACUUGUUUUCACUACUCCGUCAAAAACCCCGCCUCCUGUAAGGAAUCUACAAAUAUUUGAAAUAGACGCGCUAUUUGGGAUGAUGCAUUUGAGAUGGCAAGAACCAGAACCACCGAUCAAUGGAAAGAUAGAAUACUAUGUUGUACGCAGUUGUCACUCGACUUGCACGGUUGUUUCGAAAGUGCAACCAACAGAGCAAUGCAGUUUAUGGAACAAGUACAUUUGCGCGACUGUUGAAAUAUCCCAUCAACGUCAAUUCACCAGCUUUGUCACGGUUUCAGCCAAGAACGUAAACGUUUCGACGCUCAGCGUCGCGUCAUCCGUGCCGAUUAAUCGCGAUGAAAUCCGACCAGACGCACCUAAAAUUAUCACCGCCAGCGCGCUGGGCAACGGAAUCGUGAAUUUCACCUGGUCCCAUCCGUGGCGAUCAGGUGGUCACCUGGUGUCAUUUCGGAUCAUCGUUGAGAUAAUAUCAUCCCGUCUUCGCAUUAAGAUACAGCGAUCGCAAAUGCUCUCGUCUCACGAGUAUUCGAUCGAUGAUUAUCGAUCUCAGUACUAUAAAGAAUUGCACUUGUUAUCGUCGACCACUUACAAGAUCUCCAUUUACGCCGUGACGAACACGGGUCUCUUUGGAGCGACGGAGGUUACAGAGGUGCAAACACCUUCGUCCAUGGGAUUCAAGAAGAAUUCAAGCUCGGAGGUGCAUCAGACUUCUUCGACGAUCUCGUUGCAUAUUCCUGCCGUCUUAAAUGACACGAGGAACAGUUUGACUACCGUGGUUGUACAAGGACCAAGAGCUUGCGAACAUUACGAGAAAUUGAAUCCUUAUCUGAGCAAGAAAGUUGGUAUCGAAUAUUACGAGAACGUCUGGCGUAUUUACAGGUUUUCCACAGAAAAAUUUGCUGGCAAAACAUUCACGAUUGAUUACGAACCUAACGAAGGCGCCGCGAAUUGCCCGUUGAAGCCAGAAGAAUCCUACGUAAUAGUAAUCAUUGUGCAAAGCGAAGAAGAAUCGCUGGACGAUCAGAUUAUAACGCAAACAUCAUCGAUUCGUAUCAGUGACGCAUCGAAGCGACACGAAGCGUGGCUAGUUCCAAUUACGAUAAUUCUCCUCGUCAAAGCCGUGCUUUUUUACCUGUAUCGAAGGAGAAAAAGAAGAAGGUCUCUGCAGAAGGUUAUUCUACGAGGAGAAAUGGCACUGGCGUACAACAACGACAAUCUCGAAGUGAAAUCACUUUCUUCGAGCUCGAAGCAACCUUUUACCGCGAUGUCCACUCCUUCUGAUAAGGAACUGUUAUCACGCUCGAACACGCCUCAAGAAGAUACCGCGGUAUUCGUGAACGAUGCUAAUCAGAGAGAGGAACGAUCGUCUCUGGUAAAGGUGAAGGAUUUCGAAGAUUACGUGAAACAAGCAAUUCAGUCUGGGCUACUUGAAACACAAUACAAGACGCUUCGACGAGGACAAACGAGGCCAUGGGACUACGGAAAGUUACCGGAGAACAAAUCAAAGAACCGAUACGGAGAUCUCAUAGCGUACGAUGAGAAUCGAGUGAUAUUGAAUAAACUUCCCGACGAUCCUUUCUCGGAUUACAUCAACGCUAGUUACAUCAAAGGUUACAAGACGGAGAAAUGUUACAUAGCGACGCAAGGGCCGAAGCCGAACACGGUCAUCGACUUCUGGCGGAUGAUUUGGCAAGAAGAGGUUCUCGUUAUUUGCAUGCUUGCGAACAUCACAGAAGGUGGAAAAGUAAAGUGCGAACAGUAUUGGCCGGACAUCGGGAAGAAGAAGAAAUAUGGUGAAAUAAUUGUUUUCAACGCUAGACACACCGUAUUCGCGGAUUUCACGUUUCGUACUUUGCAUGUGUCGUGCGGAGACGAAGCUCGUAAGAUCGAGCAUUUGCAUUACACAACGUGGCCAGACCACGGCGUGCCGUUGUCCACGCAUUCGGUGGCAACAUAUUUGAAGAAGGUAUUGGCGACGCCGACUGGAAGUGGACCGAUGGUGGUCCAUUGCAGCGCAGGUGCAGGAAGAACCGGCACUAUCAUUUUAUGCGACAUAUGCCUGCGACGGAUCGCCGUUGAAGGGGCAAUCGACGUGUUUGCUGAAGUCGAAUCGAUCAGAAGUCAAAGGGCUAACAUGGUGGACAAUAUUCAACAGUAUCGUCUAGCUCAUUUAACGUUAGUCGAGUGUCUGUUUUCCAUUUCAACGUCUCUUCCGUGUGACGAACACCUGCCAGCAAGAAUCGUGGAGCUUAAGAAGCAAUUAGACGUUCAACGAGAGUGUUUAGAAAAGAUGACCUGGCAAGAACAGGCCCUUCGACCAUCGACCAGUCGAGUGUCUCUAUCGGAACGCAACCUUGCCAAGAACCGAUACCCAGAAUUAUCAUCAGCAAAUUUCAGCCGAGUGUAUUUGAAAAGAUAUCCAGCCACGGACGAGGACAGUGAUUAUAUAGCCGCUGUCUAUGUGGACGGUGUAAGAUUGCAAAAUCAGCACCUAGCAACGCAACUUCCGUUGCCUGGAACGUUGAGCGAUUUCUGGAGAAUGGUGGCCGAGUACAAAGUGGAAUUAAUCGUGCUGUUACAGCCACCAGAUCCGAAAGAUACGACUUGCUGUCCGGUGGUUCCAAGCGAGGAAUUUAAACCGGUACCAUUUAUAAACGUUCGAUCGAAGGAAUUUAUCGAAUACGAAUCGUACACGUCACAGAAAUUGGUACUUAUCAAUAAUUUAGAGAAGCCUGUGACGGAACAGCACAUAACGAUUUUAUGCUCUACGGAAUGGAGAAGUGGUAGGGAUCAAGAUCCACCUGCCACGAGGAUGCUGGUCACCCUCUGGCAAGCUGCGGAAAAGAUUUCGAGAGGAGGAGGACCUACCGCCGUUCUUUGCCACGACGGUGUAACCGGCUGUGGACUUUACUUGGCCUUAAGCUUUCUUUUGGAGAGAAUGGCUGUGGAAAGAGAAUGCGACGUUUGCCUGGCAAUUCGCGCGAUUAGAAGAUCGAGGCCCGAUUUCGUCAAAUCUUUGAAACAGAUGGAAUAUCUUUACGAUGCGGCGAUAACGUACCUAGAGUACUUCGAAACGUACGCUAAUUUCUCUUGAAGAAAUCUCAAUUGUUAAUCGAGCAUAGACGGUUCAAUUUGUUACAUAAAUUGAUUCGAUUCAUUUCAACGAGCUUCCAAUCAAGACUGGCUUUUCUAAUCUCUUGUAUCGUCUCAACUAUAAAUUACAAUCGUUACGUAAUCGUUUUAA